GAGACAAAAGCUGAAAGACAAAUGGAUGAAACGUAAUGGAAUAUACAGACGAAAAUAAAUUUUCAUUAACCUCCAUCAGAAAAGAUGGUUCAGAGCGCAAACAUCAUAGAAAAUCUCACAGAAGAUCUUCCUCAAUCCUAAAGAUUCCACAGUCAAAGCUGCCCUUGUCAGAUCUUGAUCCAAAUCAGCAGGAUGGCUGUAAAUUUCCUCCCGCCAAGAAAGCCAGGAGAUCAGAGAACAGAAGAGUUAGUUUUGCGGAUACUUGUCAAAUCAAAGAAUUUCCAAAGGACUCUCCAGGGGCUUGGCAUAAUGAAAAUUCAAGUGCAGAGAAUUCUCCAGAUUUAGAAAACACCAUAGAACAGGAAAAACCAGAGAUUUCAGGCCUAGACAAACUUCUUACAGGUUCAAUACGGCAUCCAGGUUUCACUAAUACAGAUGAGGAAAUCCCCUUUGAGGAGGACCAGCCCCUUGGAGUCCCUGUAGAUCCCAUCAACCACACUCUGAUCACGAACGAUGAGAUGGAGCUGACUGGAUUAGUCGGAUUAUCCAAUGAACCUCCGGAUGACUUUGAGGAACUGAAAAGCAAGAGCAGAGUGGAUCACAAAUUUCUCCAAAGUCUGAUUUCAUCUGAAAAGAGGACAAAAAGCACCAGUUUACAAAUAGAGACACCAGAAAAGUUGUUUCAUGCCAAAGCACAGGAGGACCCUGAUACAUACGUUUACACAACUAUGAAUCGUUACAGCUGCUCUAUGCAAUCCACAACUCUGUCAAGUCAACUGAGUGUAGCCAAGAGAGCACCUCUAACAUUGGUGCCAUCCUCUCAGAAACCAGAGCUUCUUAACUCAGGAACUGCUGAAAAUAUGACAGCAGAUUUAGCAAGUGAACUUGAUGUCCUUUCUAAUUUAGAGAAACCCAAAGCUACAGGAUUUCUUCAGUCACUCCUAAAAAAUCAGAAUAAAGAUAAAAUUGAAAAUUUACAGUCAGCUUAUUCUACCUCAACUGAGUUUGAAAGAACCCAGGUCUUCACUUCUGGAGAUGGCAUGGAUGAAACAGCAGUUCUGGACAGCACUAUAUGGACUGUGGAAAAAAGGGAUCUGCACAGGUUAGACACAUUACAGAAAAGUCAUGAUGUAGUGGAAAAAAUUCGUGUUGAAAGCAACUCUGAAGUGACACAAGUCUUUCACGGAGGCGAUGCUAUGGAGGAAACAAAAUUAAUUUCAGGGGGAAUUUGGAUGGAGGAGGAGAUUUACAAGCAAGGAAGAGAGAAAACUCAAAUAUUCAGUACAGAUGGAAACAUGGAAGAAACGAAAGUGCUCAAGGGAGAAAUUUUGACUGGCUCAGAUAGAGAUGUUGAGGUGACAGUCAAUAGUCAAGCAGUUGAAAAACACUUCCAGCAAGGAUGGGAGGAAACAAAGAUAUCUGUAAAAGAUGAUAACAUGGAAGAAACUAAAGCUCUGACUGGAGGAAUUUGGACUGGCAUUGAAAGAAGUGUUGGGAUUACAGGUGGAAAGAGCUCAUUAGAGAGUCAAUUUAAGCAAGGUGGGGAGGAAACAAGAAUAUUUGGAAAGGGGGACAAUAUGGAGGAAACCAAAGCUCUGACUGGAGGAAUUUGGACAGACCUUGAAAGAAGUUUUGGGAAGACAAACAGGGAAAACUCAUUAGUGAGUGGUUUGAGAAAAGGGGAGGAAACAAAGAUAUUUGGAAAGGAGGAUAGCAUGGAAGAAACUAAAGCUCUGCUUGGAGAAAUUUGGACUGGCUCUGAAAGUGUUGGGGUGAUAGGAAGCGGAAAUCCAGUUGAGAAGUGCUUUAUGCAAGGUGGGGAGGAAUCACAGAUUUUUGGAAAGGAUGACAAUAUGGAAGAAACUAAAGCUCUUACUGGGGGAAUUUUUACUGACCCUGAAGCAAUUGGUGGCAAGGCAGGCAAGGAUGAUUCAAUCAUGAAUUCCUUCAAGCAAGGUGGGGAGGAAACAAAAAAAGUAGCAAAGGAGAACAACAUGGAAGAAACUAAAGCUCUGACAGGAGGAAUUUCCACUGCCGAGUCACAGUCCAUUGAGCGGACAAAGACUGUCAACUUGAUGGAAGAAACAAAAGCUCUGACAGGAAGAAUUUGGACUGCCGAGUCACAGUCAAUUGAGAAGACAAAGACUGUCAACUUGAUGGAAGAAACAAAAGCUCUAACAGGAGGAAUUUGGACUGCUGAGUCACAGUCCAUUGAGAGGACAAAGACUGUGAACUUGAUGGAAGAAACAAAAGCUCUGACAGGAGUAAUUGAGGUCAAGGGUUCAACACAAGUGGGUAGGAAAAGAGUAAGUAGAAUGGGAGAGCAGACUGAGAAGUCUGAAAAACAUGUUCAAGAAGGGGAACAGCAUGAUGUAGCUUCCUUAUGUAAGAAAGAGCAUGAAAGCAAGAUGUCUGAAAUGGAAGAGGCUGAUUCUGAUAAUGAUUCAGAAAUCAGCUUUAAUUUCAAGAAAACUGAAACAGAAAAUACAACAACUCUGCAAGCUCAUGAUGUGUUUGAAGCAAAGAGAACAGAACCUUUGGUUGAAUCCUCUGUCACAGAGAAAGAAUCAGAAAGAUGUGACAAGGAGGUUGUCUGUGACAAAGCUGAUGGAAACACUAGAACUUUGGCAGAUCUGAAGAAUCUCCUCAAGGACCAUACUACUAAAUUUGACAACAUAUUGAUGAACCCAGUGGAGAGCUCAACAAUAGCCAAGGAAAACAUUAAAGCAAGCCAGAAUGAGAACUUAGAGACAUGUGGAGAAAAUAAAACACUGAUGUUCAGCAAUAAAAGUGAUUGGCUGGAAGAAACAAAGAUGGUGACUGCCAAUAUCGAGAUGGGGUCCAAGCAGAACAGCAUAUCCAAGAAUAAUAAUUUUGACUGGCCCAGAGUUGCAGAAAACAAAACAGUUUUAUUUGCUGAUAAAAGUGCAGCUAUGGAUGAAACAAAACCAGUCACUGCUAACUUGAUAAGCGACAAUGAACCAUUGGCCUCUGUUCCAGGGGUUGGUGCCGAAAACAAAAUGGUUUCUGAGACCGUUGAAAAAUUGCCAACUUUGACUGGUAGUAACAAAACACUUACAUUUGAUAACAACAGUGGAGCUAUGGAAGAAACCAAAAUAACAACAAUAUCGCUUUCAUCCAUGCAAAAUAGAUUAGAAGGAAAAGAUAACUCAACUGUCGCUGAAUUACCCAAAUUAGCUGACAGUGUCAUGGCAGACGGGAAAUCCAAUAUCAAUUUAACUGGGACUCAAAAGACAGAUGAUAAACAAUUAAGUCUUAUGAUUGAAGGUAAUAUGGUGGGACUUCUUGAGCAGGCACCACCUGAGAAUUUGUUUACAGAUGCCACAUUGAAUUCCACUGUGACAUCCUUUAGACCUGAAAGUACCUCAACCUUAGCUUCACCCAUAGACUCCACUCAGGCUCUUCUUAAUAAAGACUGUGACAACAUCACCAUGCCCCCUGACAAUAUAACAGCUGUAGAAGAGUCCCUCAUUUCCCAAUUAUCCAUCAACAAGACUGCAGUGGAAUGUGACAUCACUCAGGAUGAUAUCUGGAUGGGCCCAACGACAGCCUUGUCUCUAUGUAAUUAUCUCCAGGUCGUCAAGCCGUCUUGUCUCAAAGCUUCCAAACUUUAUGAACUACGCAGAACUAGAUGCAGCUUAGUUCAGGAGGAGGAAAUACCUUGUGAUGACCUCAAGAGUAAAGUUUUGGCUGAUUUAACAGUGAAGUCCCAUAUUGAAGCUCAGAUGGAGAUGAAUGCUCAGAUGAUGGCAGAAGUUGACAAGAAGAAAGUAGAAAUUGAGAAGUUGGAGGAGAAAUGGUUGACAGAACCACCAGAGAUAUUUCACUAUGCUCAGACCUGCAGUCCAGCUCAGAAAGUAGAAUUAAGGGAGAAAAUGGUAGCAAUGAGUAAUGUGUGUACCAGGCUUGGAAAAAUUGAAUGGAAAAAGGCAUCAGUACAAGCAGCUGCUUUAGAGUUACAGAAAAUUCAGGAAGGCAACAGAAAGCUUAAUUUAGAAGUGGGAGAAAUCCUUCAGAUGGCCACAGAUGCUAUGCAAAACAUAGAACUUGUAAAUCAAGAGUUGGAAAAGAUGGAUGAAGAAAUAUUAGAAAUGAAGCAAACUCCUGUACCAUCAGAGCAGGAAAUCCAGGAGUAUUUGGCAAAAAAGGCCUAUAUAGAGAAGAAACAAGCAGAUUUAACAAACAUGAAAAAUGAAGAUAUAAGUAUGGCUGAGACUAAUAGAAGGCUGUCUGAGGAACAUGCAGCUCUGGCUGAGAAGUUGUCAUCAGAUGUCAGACAGGAGUCACAGAAAGACAACAUGCAGGAACUUCAAAACCAAACACAGAAAAUACGCAAUGAAAUUCAGCUUUUAUAUGGAAUGAGUGGAUGGUAUUUUGAAGAGUCUAGUUUCAGAACUGGUCAUAAAACUUUUAUGUUCAGCAGAAGGAAAUUAAGACUAGAAAUAAAUCAUGAAGAGGAAAGGAUAUCAUCCAUAGAAAUGAUGGCUUGUGACAAAGAUGUUCAGUGUAGGAGAGAACAAUUUUGUUUACGUUUAGCUGAAGAGGCUGUAAAUGGGGUGUACUUAAAACAAAAGUACUCUAAACUAAAUGGUCUUCCUCAGAUAUUGCAUGAGGUUGGAACUUUGGUAUUACAAAUGAAUGCCCUGCAUAAUGAUUUAAUGUUCUUGGAAAUGGACCACUACAUAGCAUACAAAUAUCCCAGAAUACACUUAGAAGUUUGGUCUCCCAGGAAGAGAUGUGUGAGUGUCUCGUUCCACUUCCAGUUUGUAGAGAGCUCUCUGAUUUGGAGCAUUGAACCCUCGUUGGAUGUUGAGUUUGGAAUUGUUAGGAAUGAUGCAGCGUUAUCACAGAUCAAACAAGUGGAACCAGGAGACUCCUACCUCAACAGAAUGUGUGCUGCCAUUGAUCUCGACUCUCUUCCUGAGGACACUAGCAAUAAAUGCCCAGUGUGUGGUUUACAUAUGCUUCAGUGUUAACAUCCAUUAACUGAGUGACAGUUUUUAGAUGUUGCAGAUUUUUAGUAGUGUAUUUAUUUGAACCAUGAGCCAUAUUUUCAGAUUUGUGGACUGUCAUCUUUUACAUGGCAGAGAACUGGUCUGAUAUAUUCUUAGAAGAAUGAAAAGUCUAUAAACUUAGAUUUUCAAUGACUCAUCUCAAUUUUUGUGAUUUGCAUG